AUGCGCUAUCUUGGAAAGUAUGUAAAAUUACGCGAGGAUCAGUUUCAGCUCUCUCUUUGGGGAGGCGACGCUGUUCUUAAUUAUGUUGAACUGCAAUAUGAUAUUGUUGAGGAUCUUAUGCCUCUGCCUGUCGGUUUUAUUUCCGGCCACGUCCACGAGUUGCGUAUCCAGGUGCCUUGGACUCGACUUGGCUCAUCCAGCAUUGUAAUCACACUUAAUACUGUAGAAUGCGUUCUCGCUUUCAAGCGCCCUUAUGAUCACUGUCGUGAUCCUAAUGCAAAGAAGUCUUCUGAUCAAGCUGACACGCUGACUCCUCCUAGUUAUCUCCAGUCUUACCUCACCCGAAUAUUUGCCAACAUUGAGGUGGUGGUGAACAACUUAAUUGUCAAAUUUGUCGAAGAUGAUGCUGUAAUUUCGUUAAACAUUCGAUCUUUGGAUUGCUUCCCUACAUUUCCAACUUGGGAGCGGGGUGUUGAUGCUCAGACAACCGGAAACUACUCUCUCCAUCGUCUUCUCAAGUUAAUUGAUUUGACCCUUUGCAUCGAUCGCUGUGAUGCUAAGGGCCACAUUUCGACCUAUCAAGACCCCGUUAUUUAUCGCUCAAACUUUGAUAUUCGACUGCAGAUGGUGUUUACUGAAAAUAACAACGGUCUGGCCUCCAUUUGCGUUGCACAUCUCUUUUGCCCUGAGCUAGUGGAAAUAGUUUUAAGUCAAGUGCAGAUACCCCUAAUUGCACGCAUGUUGGAGAUUCUGGUUGCACUUUCCAGUAAUAUCCUCAGAUGGGAGGCGCUAUCAGAUAAGCAGGUAAUUGGGAAGCGGCAAGGUGAUGAUCGAAAGGACGACGUUAUCUCUGACGCGUACACUGUGGGUGAUUACCAAGCUAAAUCAUGGUCCCAAUGGGCCUGGUCAUUUGUGCCCUUUGCUUCUUCAUUCGCCUCCUCUGCACCUGUGGAUGAUAGCAUCGACGAUGAUGAUCGGGUUGACAUAUCUCUUGGCAGUGUUGACGAAUUGACACUGUGUGAGGCACGAGCCGAAUACCUAAAAUUACUCUACGACGAUGGACUUUCCUUACCUCACGAGGAUGCAAAGGCUAUUCACCAAAGGCGUGUUCGCCUGCAUCGUUUGAAGAGGUGCCAAAAACCCCUACCGCUGCUUGUUUUAGGUUUUCUUAUGAAGAAAAUCCGAAUUCGCGUCAAGUCCCAGGAUAUUCUCAAAAUAAAUGGGAAAAGUGAUAAUAACAAUGGCGACGAGAAUGUUGACUCUUUGACCAGGACCUUUUGUGGUUUGUUUUGUGACGAACUCUCUCACCUGACACAUCAAGUUACAACGCCUGAAAAAGGCCUCUCCGGUGAUUCUAAUUUCAAAUCCGCUGACUAUGCUUCUCAGCCUGUCGUUUCAUCCCAGCGUUUAAAGCCCAACCAAUUUCUUCCUCCACUUUGUCGAAAAGAUUAUUACGUGGCUUACAGGGCUGGCUGCUCGGACAAUAAUCAUCUGCUUGCUUUUUGGGCCGAUAAUAUUUUCAGUAAGGAGGCCGAAGAAAAUAGCAAAGAAUCAGAAAAACGUCAGGAUCUGAGGACUUACUCAUUUGCCAGGUUUUUCGUUGGCGAAGUCACAUUAAAUUUUACAGCGAACAUCUUUCACAUACUGGAACUUUUUCUCGAUAUACUUAUUGAAGGCUCCAAAUGCUACAAACCUUGUGCGGACUGGGACUUACUUAAUGCUCUCCCUCCUUUAGAACCGAUGGACCGUCGGUUUACUCAAAUGGAAAUGCUCAAAAUGGGACGAUAUACUCCAAAUAAAGCAAUUCGUGGCCAUGUGGUCUCGACUCAACUGAACAUUUUCCCUCCAAAAUACGUCUACCAGUCGACCAGUCCUUUCUCAGUUCUCAACAUCAAGAUGGACAACAUCGAGGUGUUCGUUAUUGCUCCCAUAGAUUCCGUUCGCCUGGUCUUUCGCAUGACUCAUCUCUACCCCUCAGCUGGCGUUCUUUCUGAAGUCAACACCUCUUUCCAUGAAUGGGUUAUUUUGGAGAGCUUGUUCGACUCAAAGUAUUGGGGAGACAAAGACUUUACUUCUGGCACUUGCGGCACUUUUGAGACAAUUCGCAGACAAGUAGAAGGAAAUGAUGGGAUUUGUGUGGCACUCGAGAAUGAAAAUGCCACCACGAGGGCUCUGCAAGCAGAUCUUCUUAACAGGUGUUACGUUCGGCGACUAGUGACAAUAUCAAAUGUGCAGAUUUGCUUAGGUCUGGAGAAAUUAAUUUCGCCUGUCUCGGUUACCCUAUCUCAAAGGAAUCUCCUUUUUGUAAAUUCCUGGCCACACCGCAUUCUAAAAGACCUUGUGGAAACUGAGAGCUGUCUAAAAUCGACUCCUAAAAUUGUUCUGCGCUGUAACUCUGUCAUUUUAAGAAGCUUGGUUGCUUAUGGGAUGUACUUGCAUGUCUAUGGAGGUGCGGUUGCUUCUGCACUGUCUCACUACGUCAACGGUCAACGGCCGGAAGCAUGUCACUACGGUGUUCAACUUAACGAGGUGGCACUCGCACAUCUUGAAGAAUUGAAUGAUGCUCGGCUUACUAACAAUCUUACUCUCGACAUUACUUCAAGUGGAUCGAUUUGUUUGCAUUUUCAAUCGGGAAAAACCAAAACUUUCUUCAGUGCAACUCUUGAGGGACCGGACUUGACGGGAAAUCUAGUUGAAAUCGCAAAUAAUGGGGUCAUUCCUGUUUUCGAAGGCUUAACGGGUUGUUCGAAGGGCAUACUUUCAUGUGAAAUUGAAAGAAAGGUGAUUCCUGCACUUGAUUGUCUUUGUCCUUCAUCUUUAACCUUGAUGGUGUCACCAAUAAAAUUUCUUGUUACCUCUACUCUCUUGAACUGGUUCACGGACAUUGUCAGUGCAUUUAAGAAGGCCUUUGAAAUAUUCGAAACGGAAACAUCCAUAGCACCAUUCCCUGGGCUGGGUACCUGUUCGAAGUCACAAAAUUCAAUUUCAUGCAGUCACGAAGAGUCCCUGAUCCGGAGUUCUGAUCGGGCUUUAAGCUCUGACGACGAGAAAACAUUCACCUCUAGUGAACCAUCAUCCUCAUCAUUUUCUGAGUGGCUUGUUGCUAACUACAAGUGGCUUACAACUUGUGACGUGGAGCUGGUCGUUUCGGGGUCGACCUUCUACCUUUGCCCCAUAAAAAACCACUUUUGUAUCGGUGGAUUGGAAGUAUGGCUUGCUUCGCUCGAUCCACCGAAUAGGACAAAGCUCACUCAGUUCACACUAUAUCGAAUGGCACUUCGUGGACCUCACUCACGACUUUCUCCGCUUUCAGCAGUCAUCCCUUCGGCGAGGGAAAUGAAUGAGACCAGAUUUAGUGGUUUCGAAGUCGAAGAGAGUGAUUCGGCUGAGAGUCUUCAGCGACAAAGUAGCCAAAGCGUCCACGACAAGGGAACCCCUUCUCUGGAUCCUAAUUCCACCUCGUGGGAUUGUAAUAUCACCAAAAUUAAGCUCUUUGUUGGUGAUACAUCUUGUCCUCUUGAAGCUUUGGAGUUGUCCUGCCUUUUGCUGUUUGUGCUUUCGACCAAACAGCUGAAUGAUGUCCUCUCCGGCAUCUCGUGGAAUAGUUAUUUGCGCAUAACCCAGAAUUCCAGUUGUGCGUGGGGUGAUGCGCCUAGCCUCAGACAAAUCGCACAGCUAGCCGUGGCUGUCUCCGACACUCAGGCCCAAUUUGCAAACCUUGUCGAUGAGGUACUUAUAAUUAUUUCGUACCACUUUGAUGUCGUAAUAACUUCUACAUUGAAGGUGGUUGAGCUCGCUAAGUCAUACUGUUCUGCACUUAAAGGAACUCGUGUUCGAUCAGAUCUUCUGUCGUCUGUCGAAUUCGCUCAGUCCAGCUGUGAAUUGACUGGAUCUGCAAAGAGACUAUUUCCCGUGGCUUCCCAUGCAUCACAGUUAUUGUCACAUCAAUGGGCCGAGUCCAAAAGACGCAGUGAACAUCGAACUUCCCCAUUUCCAUCGCCCAAUGUAGCCAAUGUGAUCCCUGUUACCGGUUGUAUUCGAGUAUCUCUUCCCGUCGCCAGUGGCAAUUUCCGUUUGGUCAACGAGAAGUCGAUGAUAUCUUGGGAGAUCGAGGACUUUUCUGUAAAAAUUUUCAUCACAGAUCCAUUAUCCGCAAUGCGCCUCUCUCUGAAGCUUGACCGCGCGAGCGUUUUUUUGCGCUCCCCUGAAAGGUACUUAUUAGGGUGCUUCCCCUUGAUUGGGCCAAAACAUCAGUUCCUCAAACCUUUUCAGAUUGUCACCCCAUGUCCUGGAAUGGGGCCCUACAAAAGGGUUCAGAUCACUCAAGGACGUCAUAAGCUUAACGAAACACAGGACACUGAUUCUAAUGAUGGUGCUGAUGUAACCUCAUCUCGGCAAUCACAACCAGCCCUUUUUGUCUCUCUGAUUCGGAGUCCUGCCAGUUUUGUGCGCCAUACAUUUGCCGGUAAACGAUUCUCCCGCUGGGUGGACAGUCGCUGUGAGCAAUUUCUUCGAGAUGGCGAUUUAGUUGUUGACAAUGCGUGUCCCCCCUUUAUUAAUUGUGUCUAUGCCAGGUUAAAACCACUUGACUUAGUCUUCUGCCCUCAGAUUGCACGCAUUGUGCAAGGCAUUCUGAGUGAGUUUGGCUUUCAACGCAAGGUCAAGCUGAAUUGUGGUGAUGGGGAGAAGAAGGUCAAGGCACCGCUUCCGGGGCAUUGUAUGCCUCUGAUGUUUCUGGCCGUUGACGAAUUACGUCUCUUCUUCCCCUCCCCUGGGUUGCUUGAUCUGCCAGAGAAAUUUGAAGACUCCCCCAAUACACUUGUUAUCACCCUACUUGCUAUUCGUCUCUAUCCUUUCCCCGUUAACUGCAUUACCACGAGGCCGCAUAGUAAAUCGUCCAGUGAAAGUACCGUUACCUUAACCAACGAAAUUGGGGCUCCACACGAGGAUAGACAAUAUGCACUUCGGUUUGAAGGUUUCACUUGCUGGGCAGUCAAUCUUCUUGCUUCUUUGAAUUCCUCAGGCCAUCCCCACCUUCAAGAACACAAACCCAUUCUAACUGGCCAAUACCCUGCUUUUGAAUGGAAUCAGGCUGCAACCCAUGAAGGUGAAAUCGAUGGCGCUGUCUGGGUGCUGCCCGUCCUGCGACCCCUGGAUGUACUUUUUACUUUCGCUGCACCAGUUUGCGAGACAAGCCUCAAUUUUGGUCAGUCAAGGUUCUUAUUCGGUUCUACACUGGAGGUGAAUGUCCGUCACGAUGUAGUCUUCACUCUUGGCACCUCGUUUCUGUCGAUGUAUCUCCAAAAUCUGUUGGGUGGAACUACGAAAGCAACACCUGAAGAGGAUACAAGUCCUGCAUAUCAUACACUACUGGGGAACAACCAACCAACACGUAUUCUGCUCACAUGCGGAUUGCUGCGGUUCGUACUGUGGGAGAAGAGCGGGUGCUCGGAGCACCAGUGGGACUUCUCUGUGCUAGACAUAAUUCAGCCACACUUCCUCUGGACUGCCGAUGCAUUGAACGUUGGACUGCACAACUUACAAGUGCAUUUACGGUCAUUUAUCGAAGGGCGGGAAUCCGACUGGCAGAGUAGCACGUUUUGGAGUCCCACCCCACCAGGGGGAAGCUGUCGGCCCAUCCCAAGUCGCUUACCUUUACCACGCGUUACAGAACUCGGUCCAUGCGAUAUUGUUGGAGCUUCCGUGGUGCUUAAUUCACCCAACGAGAGAGCCUGCUUCUCCACUUCGGGUCGUUUGGAAUUUCUUUCGAUCCGUCUAGUUCGGCACGAAUCCAUGGCUGGACGCUUCGAGGUUACCACUCGUCUUCAACGAGAAGUGGAGCUUAUCCUUACCCCGGUCAUGCUUAGAUGCCUUUCAACAUUGACUGAGACACUUGGCACACUAGGGUCAGGAGCUCAAUCCACGAAGUCUGUACACGAGCUAAGGGCUCCGUUUAUCGCCAUCGCUACAACCUUUCAUCAUUUAAACCUUUAUACUUGCCCAAUUACUGCUAGAUUGAUUGCUGGGAGCGACGAAUUCCGAGUUACUACCGAACAUCUUCAACUUGAAGCUUCUGUUAGUGGGCUAAAUGGGUGGAUGCGCUUAUGUGUCGACUUAACAGCUGACCUCACAGACGCCUACCUGAAUAAUUUUCAACUUAUUCCCACUGGAAUGGGCAUUUCAUGCAAAGCAUGUGUCGAACUCUCUAAUGUGAGUAUACCGGUUACGCGUGUACAAGUGGAAGUCAGCCGAGGUACGAAGUUCCUCGUUCCUCUUGGAGACGACUUCGGUAGAAUCACGCGAGCUUUUGCCGCGUUGUCUUCUAAAAGGGAUGCUGCGGUGGCGACAGUGCCGACUUCCGCUCCUCAGCGUCUUCCGAGUCGGUGCGUCUUUGUGGAUGACCUGCGGUCAGAAUCCACCUACAAAGUUUCGGCGUCCGUGCUCCCAAGACCUUCGGGUUCGAGGCCCGCGCCUCGUCAUCUGCCUCUUCCAUAUGAAAUCAUGCUGGCUGAUCACGACCAAUUUGCAUCCGAAGACGCAAACGAACGAUGUGCUACAAUGACCUGGACUUUCCCUGAACCACGACAACCUCUUCGCCUUAUAAUAAACCCAGUGCCCUUUUUUUACGAAAAUGAUCUCGUGGAUCCUAGCAACAUCGAAUUACCAGGCCGCUUGGAAUACUGGAUUGAACACCCGAGUGGACAUGGCCGUUUCGUAACCUAUGCUAACUUUAGCCUUUGUGAAAGUGCUUCCGUCAACGUAAUUCUUCCUCCCGGUCUUUGUGAAUUCCGGGAUUCUGAGCCUGUUCUCCAACACGUACAAAAACAAGAAUUGGUGUCGAGCGUCUGCGGAAUUGACAAUGUAUUUUGGGGAUCGCAGUCCAAACUCAACACAACUACCAAAUUACCUGUUGCAGCGAGUUCGUGGCGAAUUAUCGUCAACUGUGUUGCAGAAAACACCUCAAUGUAUGUCAUUUUAGCUCGUUCCUGUCGUAGAUCUACUCAUCCACUAACAUUGGUGACCCGUGAGUGUUGGACGCUGUCAGUAUCCAACAAUAAGAAGAUGAAUUGUGCAAAUCCUGAAUAUGAACCUACCGUUGUUCCCGUUUUUAUUUCCCCGUAUGCUUUGGCGGCUUGUGUUCAAUUGGAUUCGGCAUACAUUCCGGAGCUCGUAGCUCCGAUGUCUUUACACGUUGGAAUGGACGACUCUAGCAUAUCUGCAUGGCAGGCCGGCAUAGAGCUCUGUCGUGUGACGACUUCUGGACUCCGCGGUGUUGUCACCCUUGCCUAUGCGCAUUUGUUCAAACAGCCGUCGGAACUCAGCCAAGGCGUCGACUCGAUCACUGCCCACCAUGUAUGCGCCUAUCCGAGACUUGCGUCUGGGUUUUCAGUUAGUUCUGUGGACGGUCACAUCUUCAGUGCCCACGCAGCCCAUCUGCAACGACUAGGGACGUUGAGGCGCGUCUACGGUGUUACCGGACAUAACGUCUCCAUUGAGACAUGUUACCUUUGUGUUUCCAGUGACAUCAUUCAUGCCCUAAAACGCAUCACGACAGGAGUUGGUGCAACUGGUUGGUGUAUUCGGAAUCGAACCGACAGACGCCUGUUUGUUCAGCAGUGCUUGUCGUCCAAACUGGCUGGGGAGCCGGCAGCGCAGGCGCUGCUGGAUGUUGUCAGUGCCUCAGUGGAGGCGGAAGAGAGUCUGCCAUCAUGGCGACCGCUUACGUCACUCGGUGCAGGUCAAGGCGCCCAAACAAUCACUAUCAGACUUGGCUUAUCAGUUGGCGUUGUUGUUAUUCAGUCAGGAUUCACUCUUCAAAACAACCUUCCAUUUGAUCUUGUUGUCAAACACCCAAAGGGACCCUCUAAAUGCGUCGCCUCGAAUUCUUCCCAUGUUCCUUGCCUGUCCCCGAAAACUGCCGAAAUCUUUCUAACCAUCUCAGGCUCUGACGAACCUCUUACAUGGACUAGUAUCGAUUUGGCAACGUCUGAAAUUAAAGUGCUAUGGCUCCCCGUCGCUGGGAUUUUGUGCCCCGUGUUAGUCGAAGUCGAGCACCUUCACGAUAGUAGCCACAACCUCGCGGCAACAGAGCUCACCUUAUCGCCGGUUCUGUCCAUCACUAACAAGUUUCCAAUGCCGUUGAACCUAAUUAUAAAGUCCCCGCACACUUCGAGUGCCUCUUUUCUCACCUCUCCGGGACUCAAGGGCUCCGAAUUCUUCAAUAUUCCCAAAGAGACCACAGCGCCCGUCGUGGUGGCCUUUGAGGCGUGCACACAACCUGAAUUCCUUUUCCAGUUUCCCGACAAAACUCCCGUAUUUGAGUCAUCACUUUCGCUGCCGUGGAGGGAAAAAACCGGUUUACUUUCCGUAGUUGUUAAGCCCUGGCUAAUUUUGAGCAAUCGCAGUGGCAUCAAUCUGCGUCUUCUCACCUCGGCCAGCCUUGAACUCGUGGGCAACCCGCAGAAAUCUUCAAUCAAUUUCAAUACCGACUCAUGCUUUGUACCGCCUGCUGGCGAGCGUCUUUUCCGUUUUGGGAUUGACCAAGGCUGCUCCACCACUUGGUCACCUGCCCUGCUGGUCCACAAAUCAGUUUUCCUUUCUCGAAAGACAACCGAUGCUCCUUCGUCUAACACGAUUACACUGAUUGCUGGUUCCACCAAGACGUCGACAGCCAAUGUGGUAGGAUUCGAGGACCGCCCUAACACAGUUAUGAGCCUAACUGAUUCCUCCCCCUUUGCUUCAUUGUCCCUCCCACUGGGACAGACUGUUUGCGGUCUCUGUGUUCGCUUGAACUCUGGUCUAGGUGAUGUUGCGACUGUGGGGAUUGAGCCUCUCGUGUGUAUGGUCAAUCGCACGUCCCAACCAAUUCUAUGCAAACCCAUAGUGACACCCGUAGUCAGCAUGUCGGAUGAGAAACAACGUCUUCCCACGGUGUCUGUGGAAGAUCUUGGCAUUGAAGUUCUUACUCUGCCACCUUUUGCUAAAAAUCCCACUCCUGUUCUACUUUGGAACUGCUCCCAUCCCAAUGUGGCCUGUAGGGAUAUCGAUUUAAAGGGUAUUCUGUUUGCUCAUGUUCUUGUCCUUCGGAGCCAAUUGGGCGUGUUUUGGAGCCGUUCAUUACAACUGUUUGAAGUCUUUUCAACUGACGGAGUUCGCUGUUUCUCACAUACCAAACAAGUGCGACGCUACUACCAUCUUUCCUUGCCAAGUUUCGACGAAGAAGGAAAUAUGGAUGAGUGCUCUAUUCUUUUGACCAUUUCCAAUGACUCAUCUUCGGGUUUGUGGAUGAUUUACUUGGAUGACUUCGCAAGUUCUCUUAGCUAUUCUCUUGGAUGUAGUGUUGUCAACACAACUAGCCACACAUUUGAAACUGCAAUUGUCGGACUUCAAUUAUUCCAUCAACUUCCUAUCUCAAACUCGCUGCCAUGUCUAUAUCGUGACAAAGGUAGAGUAACUCUGAUAUCUCAGACAUCGCUCGAUCUACUGGCCGCUGAUACUCCGAAAUCUCGACUCGUAUCUAAGUUCCUGACUUUUGAAGACGUUUCUAUUCUUCUUCGUCUUGUUCCAGAGGAGAUAGUCGUCAGAUUAGCCGACUGUAGAAACAGCCCCCUACCUCUACACAUUGGAAACAAGGUUGUUUACAUUCAGUCUUACGUGAACCAUGCGAUUCCAUUUUAUGUUGAGUUGGAAAUUUUCUCCCACCAACCGCCCACGCGCAUUCCUGUGAGCCUCGUUGAAUCAACGCGCUCUUUUUCUGUGUACGUUGAUACCUUUUCGAUAUUCGCCCUCCGAUCAGGCUGUUUAUCAGAAGGAAGCGAACCGCGCCAAGUGGAUUUCUUGCGUCUCUCUAUCAGGUCCAUUGAAUUCACGCUAUUAUUUGAGUACGGGAUACCGAGAUCAAAAUUUACCUUUAGUUCUUCUUUGAUUCAACUCGACAAUCUCGCUCAAGUGUACACACCCACCCUCGAUUUUCCUGUUAUAUUGCGUUCUGUAAUCUCGCAAGUUGCGGAGAUAGACACCACGGGUCUUUUCGUUUGCAGUGGUCAACUCCACCACCUCCCCUUUGGGGAUUUUCUUUUCGAGAAAAUUGAUAUUAAAUUACCAGUAAUGGAAGUCUACCUCGAAGAUGGCGCAAUGUACGCACUUCUAUCUUGGGCUCAAGAUCUUCGGGGUGCUAUGUCCCAACGGAUUAUAAAGGCAAACAACCUGGAGCCGUCGACUCGCAUUGCUUAUUGCCUCCACGACUUUGAAAUCCAUCCUAUCUUGUUGCAAGUUUCGCUAAAGUUUACUCUUGGCGUUCAUAUCUCGUGCAAAACAGUACAACUACAAUUAAACGCAUUUAAGCUGCCCAAGGCUGUGGCGCCUCUGGCAACGCUGCUGGGCCAACUUGGCGCGCACUACAUUUCACAGGCACUGCUUCGGGUGGGACUGGUUCUGGGUGGUUUGGAACUCAUUGGAAAUCCAGCCUCUCUGGUGGCCUCCUUUGCUGAGGGCUUCUCUGACCUGGUGCACUUUUCGGACAUUAGAAAGACGACAAAUCAAGAACAGCUGGGCUUUCUGAGAGGUCUGAUGCGGGGCCUGGUGUCGUUAAUGAAACACACUACUGGUGGCUUGUGCAGCUCAGUUACCGGCUUAGCCUCCAACUUCGCACGAAACCUUCAUGAAUUGUCGAUGGACGCCGAGCAUAUCAGAAGAGUCACAGAAACCCGCCAACGCAAUCAACCUCAGGGUAUUGGACAGGGGCUAGCCAUCGGUCUAAGCGAGCUUGGCAUGAGCCUUUUAGGUGGUCUGGCGGGCAUUGCUCAUCACCCACUACACAGCGUCAUUGGAAUUAACAACUGUCCAGUUCACAAUGCCAAUGCUCAGGCGGGACAGAGACAAAGCGUCGAAGUGUCGGGAGUGGCUGAAGCACUGGUUGGAGGCGUGGGCAAGGGCCUGGUGGGGAUCGUGGCUAAACCUUUGGCUGGAAUGGCCGAUCUCGUUGCAAUGACGGGUACUGGGAUUAUGCACAGCAUGGACCCUGAUUGGGGAGUGGCGUCUUUCCCUACCCACCUACGGAGUCCCGCUAUCUGGACGAGUGCAUCGCGCCUUGUAGAUGGUGUUUUACUCCGUCAGUGGGUUUGUGCCCUCGUGAGACGUCUCAACGCCCCACCUACUCAUGACUUUCUCUGGUGUGGGAUCGCCCAACACGAGUCGCGAGCUACGCUCACUUGGCUCUGCUUACCCUUCCGCAAUUUCUUGUUUGCAGUUGAAUUCCAAUUUCCUUUACAGUUAAUACGAACGGGUGUCAUUCAGAUCGAAGUCGACGAUGAAGGCUAUGUAGACGAAAAUGAUACAUCCUUGGCAAGCUUUGUAUCAAUGGCUUCAGAAAUGCCUUCCUGGAUUAGUCAAUGCAAAAUUUUACCAGCAGAAAAGGUCCUCUUGCAGCGGAUCCUUCGGCACUACCAAUGCAAAAAUUCUUCUGCAGUUAAUGAACAAAUUUUUGGCGAAUCUCCUGUUUCCCAGUUAGAACGUUAUUUUGUUGACUACAAAUUGAAUACCAAGUCAAGUGCAACAUCCGAUUACCGAAUAAACUUUUUGAGUUACAUCGCGAUUGGUGCUCAGUUGCCAAAUCUUUUAAUGGGAGCCUGGAACACCUUUUUUCAGUCAAAGUCGAGAUCGACUUUGAAAACCUCUACAGCAGAUUGCACACGGCAGCCCUUUAUUCUCUGCGCCUAUUUUUUAAGUGCCUCCAAUCCAACCAUUCGGUUUCUUAUCGUCAUGAGUUUGGAGUUUGUCAUUCUUCUUUUUACAACGAUUUUGGUAUUUGUGGACACCUCUCAAGGCAAGUAUUUUGCACUCUUCCCAAUCUGUGAAAAUCCAAUCACCCAGACGCUCAGUAACACUUUUGGUUUCACCCUAGGUUGCGUGGGCAUUCACCAGACGCUGACGUUUGGUCUGGCGGCCUAUUUGCCCAUGAGGUACUCCAACGCUGUCAUUAUCGGCUCUGAAUUUGUCCGCUAUUACCUGGAUUUUGCGAGCUCAGCAGAUGGGAAAGAUGAUGAGGAAGGGGAUUUGAUUUCCAAAACUCAUGAAAAACGAGACUCGAUCCCGAUUUCCGAUGAAGAUGCUGACAACUCUUCCACGAAACCUACAGUAUCCAAGUUCGUAGAAAGCGCUUCCUUCGAUAAUGAGGAAAGAGGUGACAACAAGGAAGGAAAGGCUCAGGGUGAUAUUAAGGAUGACUCCUCAAAGACCACUACCCUCAGAAACUGCUUUGCUGUUUGCUGUUAUUCCAAAGCAGAGGGACGCGUCAAAUGUACUGAGUAUUGGGGUCGAUACGUAGAGACCUUCAAAGAGUGCUGGGUUCAAUGUCUUACUGUCUGGAUGGUGUUUACUUGCACCCUUUCUGUGUUCCCCGCAAUCCAAGCCACGGUCAGGCCAAUUAGCCCCGACUACUUUAUACCAGAAAAUUGGUUUGCUGACGUGACGUGCUACUUCUUUUUUAACCUCUUCGCUAUGCUGGGCUGUGUUGUCAGUUCAUGGGUGAAAUUCCCAGGACCUCGUUUCUUGUGGAUUCCUGUGCUUAUUCGUAUGGUAAUCUUCAUCCCUUACUUUAUGGUGUCUAAUUACCUUCCAACUGGCCCCGGAGGCCGUAGAAUGCCGCUUUGGGUGAAAAAUGAUCACGUCUACGUUGUUGGUUCCGUCGUUUUUGCCUUCACAAACGGAUACUUUUCAUCACUCGCUAUGAUGUAUGCCCCAAGCAAAUCGCCGCCCGAGCGAGCUGGCUUAGCAGGUCUGCUGGCGUCCUUCUUUCUUAUCCUCGGAGUUUUCUGUGGAUGUUACAUAACCCGUGGUCUCGUUGCACUGUUGUAG